AUGCCUGAGAAAACAUUUAGUCGAAGAAGUGGAGAUGAGGGGUACUAUGGGAGCGAUGGAGGUGCAUGGUAUGGAAACGGGGAGAGCAUCAGCGCUGGACCGAGACGCGGGGGAAUAGGGAGACAGUCAGCCUUCUCGACACCCUCUUCAUCGUCCGAUUCAGAAAGCGAGGACAACUACGGCCAGGCGGACCCGACCCCGAAAUCCUUUAAACCGCUGUCAAAGCCGGUCAAUGCGACAAGCGUUUCAGCCCCGCCACUAACAGCGACAACUCGCGGAGUCGGUUCGGAUUCUGACGAGGACGAUGUGCCCCUGGCUCAGCAAAUCCCUUCUGCUCUAAAGGCGCAGCGAACUAUUCGUCGGAAGGUUAGAGAGGAGAGAGACCAGCGACGGCGAGAGAAAUCGGAACAGGCUUUAAGCAGCAGACGGCCUUCUGGCGCCGGAGAGGCAAAUCCAAACGAGGUUGCAUACAGUUCAAGGGAAGCGGCUCGAAUGGCGGAGGACUCUCGCCGCCCUAGACAACGCUCUCAAACAUUAUCAGGCGGUGGAGGAUUGCAGUCUCCGGUUAGCGACGAAUUUACGAAGAAGCGCCAGAUUUCACCCCGACCUCCACCAAUACCGAUCAGCUCUGGCCCACUUCCGGACAAACACCGCGAGAAGCUCUUAUCACCCAACCCAGCGACCCCUACCAGCUCGACUUCCCCUCAGAUGCGGAGCCAAGCAUUGCCAGAAUCGCGCAGUUUACGUCCAAUGCGCUCCUUUCAUCGGCCCAAGACAGCCGAGCCACUUUCAACACAUAAUGAUCCUCCACUUCCGAACGAUGCUGUAAGGAGAAGUAAUACAACUCGACGACCCAAUGAACGACCACCAGUUGAAGCACCACCAACGCCUUCUCUUGCCGCGCCAGCACCAAGCAAGCUUACCAAGGCCCCGCCGCCUGCGGAAAUGAGGGCUCCCCGCCCUUCUGCGGAUAUUCCAACGAAGACUUCUGGCCUCGACGGGCUGGCUUCGCCGCUACCAAAUCAUCGCCAUGUUGCAUCGAAAUCUCAGGGUGCGCUUACGCGAGUGUUUGUUGGCGACAUGCAGCGAUUCAAUAUGGUCGACAUUGGCCCAUCAACAAGCGCCAAGGAAGUGCUCGCAAUUGUCGAAGAGCAGGGAUCGCUUAAGGGCUGGGUCGGGUCUGGCGGGUGGAUGGUGUGGGAAGUGGCCCAAGACUUCGGGAUGGAGCGGCCAAUUCGCAGCUUCGAGUUGCUUGCGGACGUUCAGGCGUCGUGGAAUAAAGACAAGAUGGUGAAUAUGUUUAUGGUCAGGCUGACCCCGUUUGCGCCGAUAUUGAGUCGAUCGAACCUGCCCUCCAGCUCGCCGUUGUUCUCUGGCUACAUCGACUGGGAGUAUAAGCGCGGGAAGUGGACGAAGCGGUACAUGCGGCUGAAGGAGCACAGCUUGUGGCUGUCGAAACGGGACAACGGUAAAGACGAAGUGUGUCUGUGCUCGCUGUCGAAUUUCGACGCAUACCACGUUACGCGGCUGCACAAGGCGCCGAAGCCGUUCGUCUUUGCGGUCAAGUCGACGGAUAACCUGUCGUUCUUCGAGAACACGGCGGACUACCUGCAUGUGUUUUCGUGCAACCAGAAGGACGGGGAGAAGUGGAUGGAGAAGAUCUUGCUCGCGCGGUCAUAUGUGCUGUUCCAGGAACGCAACGUUUUGUUUAAUCCAAAGUCCCCUAGCGGGAAUGCAGCUCCCGGUGUUGGAGGCGGGGCAUCGGGACUGGCGAGAGCACCGACACGGAAAGCGACAGCGCCUAUAGCACCGCUCCUUGUCGCGCCCGACCGGAAUGAUGUGUUUGCGCCAGGAUCGUUGCUUCGGGCCUAA